GUUAAUAAAAUAGUGAAGGUUGGAGUGUUGGAGUUAAACCAUUAUAAAUGUAUUAUUUAUGUGUUACCACAGCCACAAUGAAUUGUAUGUAGUGGUAAAAUAUAUUUAAAAAAUGGCUCCGUUAGUUUUAAUGGUUACAGAGCCCUCUAUUUGACAGUCUGUGUCAAACAGAUGAUUAAAAUGUGUUUUUCGGCACCUGUCAGAAAAACAGAGUGAAACUAAUGGAAAAACAGAUUUUUCCCAUCUUUUCGCAGAAAAAUUCCCAGCUUGAUGUUUGCGUUUCCUCCUCUUUUUUUCUGACUGUAUCAUCCCUCUGCCCUCUCCCCCCUCCUUUACUGCCUUCCUCACUGUGAUUGGCUGAGAGGCAUGAUGACACAUCAGCGACAAGAGGCUGUGGGUCUAUAAAACCUCAGCUCUGGUUGCGUUCAGGCACAGACAAGUCUCACUCUUCACUGAGCAUCACUGAAAGGAUAUUUAUCCGCAAUUCCACCGACAAACCGUUGCUACUGUUUCACAGCUGCUAUGUGCAAAGGAUUAGCAUCGCUGCCUUCCUGCUGCCUGGAGAGGGCCAAGGAGCUGAAAGCAAGGCUGGCAAGUGUUUUGGGAAAACCCAAUUGGAACCUGCACUGCUGCAAGAUAGGGAAAAAUAAGCCAACACUGGAGGAAUGCCUGCGAUGGAAGGAGUCCUUCGAAAAACUUCUGUCCAGCAAAUAUGGACUGUGUGCCUUCACGGCUUUCCUCGUGUCUGAAUUCAGCGAGGAGAACAUUGCGUUCUACUUUGCCUGCCAGGACUACAGGAACAUCAAGUCUCCUGCAAAACUACCUGCCCAAGCCCAGAAAAUCUACGACGAGUUUAUCGGCAGUGACGCUCCCAGAGAGAUAAACAUCGACCACGAAACCCGUGACAUCACCAGAGCCAACAUGGUGACCCCCUCCACCUCCUGUUUCGACAUCGCCCAGCACAGGAUCUACAUGCUGAUGGCCAAAGACUGCUACCCUCGCUUCCUCCGCUCUGCGGCCUACAGGGAUUUACUCUGCCAGGCCAAACCCAGAAACAAGGCGGAGAAGCAGGAGAAGACCAAAGUGUGAGAGUGCAGUCUGUUCAUGAGCCGCUGAAGAAUUCUUAGUUGUCGCCUUAUGUUGUUGAGGAGGCAGGCUAGACGUGGGCGUGUUGGUUGAUGCAUCGCACGGCUGAUUCAGAUGCAGAUACUGAUGAAGACGCGAAACGUCUGGAGAGCAGAGGUGGAUUUCAGAGGAAGCCAGUUCUCUUUAGAGAUCAGGGAGGAACCAAUGAGAGACGAAAGUGGAGCCGACCUGAGAGGGUUGAUGAGUUGGAGGUGGACUGAAGAUGAUGAAAGAAAGUUUACUGAAAGCAAAGUCAAGUGACAGUGUAAAUGUCUGAGUGACAUGAAAACUGCACAAGUGGAGGAAGCACUGCUUUGGUGCCUGUUUGCAAACGUUUGCCCUUGUACCGUGCAUGUACUUUUGUCAAUCACUGUUUGGAUCUUCACUCUGUGGAUCUUUAUUUAUUUACCUGUCUAUUUUGUUGCCUUUGUAUGUAACACAAAAGAAAAAGCAAAUGUGCAAUGUUAUUUAUAAUAUGAUAUUUAUAUGAUUGUUGACUUUUCUACAUAUCAUCAACAAAAGUAAAUUAUUUGACAAAAUAAAAUAUUCAAAAAUAAGCUGAAGAUUGUAUGUCGUUAUUCAUAUGAAAUUCCACUGGCAUUCGCUCAGUGGGUCAAUGUAGGUCUUCUAUCAAAAAGGUCAGAGAUUAUUUUCCAUGGUGAAAACUAUUGAACAGAAUACUUCGUAUC